CUAUUAUGCGAGGGAAGAUCAAAGUCCGUCCUCUUCAGAGUGUCAUGAGGACUCCGGGGAACACACCGGGACUUUCACUCAUUUCUCAGGGUGGAACAUUUGGAUAUACACGUCAUUAUAUACACACGCUAAUAAAGUAACAGAUGAUACGGGUUCGAAAGCUCAUCAGGACAUCACAGGCAGUAUGGAGACCUGGAAUGGCUGCCUCAGAUGUACAGGCACCUUAAUCUCCAAAUGGUCGUCGUGGCUGCGGAUACGAGGUCCUGCUUCAGUGCGUGAUGUCUAUAAAUCCCUGGCCCCAUUAAUGCUCUACGCUGUUGCCCUGGUGGUUGUAGUUUUAUAUGCACUCGCAGAUCAGCUCCAUGACUUUGUGUGCAGGAUCUUAAUUCCGCAGUACUACUACCCAUACACCACACCGCUCGCGCUCAUACAGGUGCUCCUGAACGUCCUGGCAUUGCUGGGUCUGCGUGCUCUGGGUGUCGUGCCACUGAAUCCGUUCUCUCUGAGGCUAGCUGAGAGGCUUAUGGUGCCCGCUGUGUGUGGUAGUGUCCAGUGUGUUCUGGCAAUGUGGGCACGGGCGAGUGCACACUCGGGUUUGUUCCCCGUCAUCGGGCGCCUCCUCCCGCUCUUCAGCCUGGCAUGGGGUCACCUACUGGGUGUCAGCAAGCCUAACUCCGCCCACUUCACCUGCCUGCUCACGGCAAUCACUCUCACCUCUAUCGGAAUUACAGCGUACGAGGGUGUGUACGACAUGGAGCCGCUGGAAUAUUUCUACUCUCCUCUAAGCCUGUUCCUGCACAGUCUCUCCCUGGCCUGGCUGUCCAAGGUCGCCCAGACUGAGCGAGGCCAUGCUACGACUUUUGACCUCUACUACACCCUGACACUGACCCAGAGUGCGUUACUGGUACUGCUAUGCGCGUUGCAUCCGGACACUGCGCGAGCGAUCACGCACGGUAGCUGGCACACUCUGCUCUUUCUGGGGUACUUGCUAGCCGUGCUCCUCCUGGGCUCUGUACAGAUUUUUCUAGUGAACGUAACGGCGCUGAGGUACUCGCCGCUCACUGCGGCUCUGCUACACUCUGCCAGAGGACUCGCAAUGCCACUUAUUCAACUAUUAUAGCACAAAGCCAGCGAUCAGAGAGGACGCUCAAGCAUCCGGUCCAGUCGCAGACAUUUAGAAAGACAUUUGAUUUCAUCAGGUCAAGUAAGCUAAAUAAUGUUUUGGAAGCGACAAAAAGCAGAAACUGUAGAAGCACGAUACAUAAAAUCAUACAGAUACAAGUCAAGAGCUUCAGUUAAUGUUCACACCAAACAUCAGGAUGCAGAAUAAAUGUGAUCCCAGUGACUUUUCCCAAAGAUUAGCUAAAAGGAACGCUACAGUAUCUCAAAUCACCACUCUUUACAACCGCGGUAAGCAGAAAAGCAAAGCAAGAUGAAUUCACACUCUUAAAAUCCGUAUCCCGUGUUUAUAUGUUUCUGUAAAGCUGCUUUGCGACAACGUCCAUUGUUAAAAGUGCUACAAAUAAAAUUGAAUUGAAUUGAGGGUACACCGGUUUCAAGUUCACCCAAACCGGACAGACGAAGAUUGGCAAAAACAUCACCUGGUGAACGGGUGUUCCUAAUAAAAGUAAACGUUUAGCGUAGUCCAUGCCUGAUACACAAUAGAAUGAAUCAGGGCGGAGUCAAAGUAAAGAUAGUUUCAUAAAGAUCAAUAAAAGGUGAUCUGUAACCUAACAAACCUGCGGAUGAGUCACCGGCUUCGUCUGAGGUAAACAAUCGGACAAGAUAAAAUCGCAAAUGAUUGACUUGUGUGUGUGUGUGUGUGUGUGAGAGGGGUGUCGUUUCAUUCCGUUAAUAGAACACUAGCAGAAAGUCAAUUAAAUCAGGAAGAGUGAAGAACGACACGGCAAAACACCGGUCCUGUUUUCUCUCUCUCUCAUACUGUCAUCAUGUCUGAGAAAUUUCCAAAUGACACAAAUCGACUCUGUGGUGUUUU